AUGAUACUGGCUAGCAAUAACAUCGCCGUUCUGUAUGAGGCCAUACUCGAAUCAGCUCCUCAGUUUAUUAUACAGUUAUACGCCAUGGUUGCUCAACAGGAAUCUGUGGAGACAGUGCAAACUGUCUCUCUGCCGGUGUCUUUUCUUUGCUUAGUUUGGGCGUCUACAGUCGCGGAUGAUGUCAUUCACGGCAAGGAAGAAGAUGGCACUGUAAACUAUAUGGCGCAUGAGACAAAUAAACUUGUACUUUUUCUGACUCAUUUUUUCGUGUUGAGUAGUCGGCUCAUUGCCAUCGCCCUGUUCACCGUCAGCUUUAAGUGGUGGAUUACAACUGUUUUAAGUUUUCAUUCUAUCGCGAUAGUCAUCUGUGAUGUCAGUUUGUUUUAUCCCAAAGGAGAAUGUAAUGUACCAUUUGCAAGUUUGUCGGCUUUCUCUUUCUGCUUCCAUUGGUUGCGAGAUGACCUGUCAAUGAGAAUAGACAAUGGGUCAUCAGCAGAAAAGAAAAAGAGGGAGUUGAGAAAAAUGCAGAUGUUCUCCAACGCGUUUUUUGUGACAGAACACAUCAUCAUGAUCUUGUUGUUUUAUUUCAGUCAGUCCCCUCAUACUUGGUACGCUCUACCCGUCACGGUCUGCGUCGGUUCUUUUGCUCUUCUUGGAGCCACAAUGAGAGUGACUCAUUUUUGUUUCUUAACGAAAGAAUCAAAUACAGUCGAAACUCCCGCGUGCUACCAACCUAUACGGCAAGAGUUGGUGGAAGCGUAAGAAAGGUCAGUACUAAAUACAAGACUCGGACCACAGCGGCUGUCUACAGGGAUAGGUCAUCUCUUAGUACCUCACAGGCCUCACAUGUCCCACUCGGAGAAAAUUUUUGCUUAAAAUUUCCCACUUACGAUACGAGAAGUGAUAUGUUGUCAGGAAAAUUUCCUGAACUGCGGGGACACAGCGGGCAAUAUUUUUGGUAG